AUGGUCAACAAUGCUAUUGUGGUAUACACAAGAGAGCAUCGCGGUUCGCAGACCAAUCCGUACAGGUGCCAUUCGUUUACGAUUGUUGAACUCUGCGCAAUGAUGAAAGCAGACAAUGCAGACGAAGCAACGGUAAAAAAACACAAAAGAAACAACGACGCCUUGUCGAAGCGUUUCGAAGCGAUCAAGCUUAUGAUCCCACACAGGAGAAACGAGAUGCCGCUGACUGUUCCAACAUGGAUUUUUGUAAUCCAGUUAGUGAUCAAAUCCAAUCCGAUCAUAAAUAAGCCGCAAAGAAGAUGCAACGCACCGAGUAAUAUGGCAAACGUCCUGAACGGCGACGGCUCUAUCGGACUGGAAGGAUGA